GAGUGGGAUUUGACGCGCAGGCGCAAAGAAAGAAGGGCGGCUCUGCCUCGAAGGAGAAUCUUGGACAAUGUUCACUGUUCCUGCAUCGGUUCCGGAAGUUGUGUGCCGCUCUAUCUGUCUAUCUAUUGCCAUGGGACAGACCUCCAGAUCUGUGCUAGGCAUGUGUCAUUGAUGGGGGGGGAGUGGAUUCAGAAUAGAGCUGGGAGGGAUCUUGGAGGUCAUCUAGCCCAACCCCCUGUUCAAGCAGGAGACCCUAUAGACAAGUGUCUAUCCAGUCUCUUCUUAAAGACCUCUAGUGAUGGAGCAUCCACAACUUCUGGAUGCAAGUCGUUCCACUGGUUAAUUGUUCUCACUGUUAAUUACUCCUUAAUUCCAGAUUGCUUUUCUCCUUGAUUCUCACAGUUUGCUUUUGCUUUGUCUGCAAGGGCACAUAGGUGUUACUCCACACCUACGCUGUGAAGGGGUCGAUGGGUUGCUGAUGGUUGCAAACUGUUGUGUAAGGGAUGCGCAUCUUUUGCAUGCGGAUCGGAUAACCCGACUUCCCGGUGGGAGGCGGGAGGAAGGGGAGGCACAUUCAAACGGCAAAAUGGAGCAGCUGGAGGAGAGACUGGCCCACGAAGUGAGGAGAUAUCAACAUUUGCACGACGUGAUGGAUAGAGACUACGGGAGCCAGGAGGCGACAGCCCAUUCGUGGAGAAGAAUUGUGGAGGAAGAUCCAGACCGAUGCAGAGAAAAGUGGAAGCAACUGCGAGAUGAGUUCGUCAGCCUGAAAAAAAGAAUGAAAACAAAGACCAGGGAUCCAGGGCCGCCGGCCCAUUCUAUAAUGCUGUCCUGGCUGGAAGAAUUUGUAAAACACUGGGAAACCCAAGCGAAUGUCAACAGUGCUGCAACGGAGCCUGAGGAUGUCAUGCCAGAUCCUCUAGAGAAAGACUCUUUGGAUUCAAGCUUGCAUAUGGAGGACAUCUCAUUCACAUCACACCAUGCAUCCAGGCGCUCAGGUGUCUUCUCAAUGCAUAGUAGCGAUGAUGAUGAUGAAGAUGAUGAGAGUUCAACCAGUGUGCUCACUGGGUCACCCAUAAAAGCACCAGUCCCCCAGUCAAGAAAGAGGAGGAAGGUGAUGGGAAAGGACGAGAUACUAGACGCUUUGGUCACUCUACGCUGGGAGCAACUUCAAACUGCAGUGAUGUCACUGUUGAACCCCGAUAACAGCCGUCGCAAUGAUGAAUACACAACUUUUGCCCUGGCUGUUGCGGACUCUUUGCGGAAACUUCCACCGGAACGUGUGGAAGCAACAAAAUCCCAGCUCUUCGUUGUGCUUGCUGACGCACAUUCCCAAGUGACAAAACCCGGCCGACCUGGGGAUGCAGAUCCCAGGGAACUGGGGAGUUUUUCUAGUAACCGAGGAAUGACUGCUAGGCCGCUCAGCCAGGGGCUUCUGACCUUUGAAGAUGUGGCUGUGCGUUUUACCGAUGAGGAAUGGAUGCUGCUGGAUGCAGGACAGCAGGACCUCUACCGGGAGGUCAUGGCGGAAAAUUCUGGGAUGGUGGCCUCUCUAAUCCAGGAGCUUCAGCCAGAAAAAAAUGCCGAAGACCAGGAGGCAGGAGCAGCUGACAAACCUGGGCAGAAAGCUCAAGACGGAGAAGGAAAAAGCCGCCCCUUUUUCCAGCGCCCCACUGAAAGCGAGCUAAAGACUUCACACAAUGUAGGGCAGAGUCCGGUCGCUGGGCCCAAGCAGGACUGCCAGUGUUCUUUGAAGACGAUGGCAUUUUCUCCUCCCACCUUGGACUUUAGAGAAUCCCAAAAACGUUGGGAAGCCAGAGCUGAUGAAGAGGACGUGCCGCAGUCCCCCGGCUUCACUGACCUCGUGAAUGGAAACAGGGAGCUUGGACCUGAAGAGGAGAGCCUGAACGGGGAGACCCAAGGCAGACUGGAAGAAAAAGUAAGAAGACCUCUGGCAGACAUCAAUUCCUCCACGCCAGUGCAGGAAUCAUCGGGCAGAGUGAAGAUCCUACAUUGGAUGGAGACCACCCAAGAAGGUGACUUCCUGGGAAAGGCCUAUCAGGGUCCAGAUUCAGGAUCGGGUAACUCAACGCUGGAAUCUAAGGAUGGUUUUUGGCUAGAAAGACCGAAGGAGAUAAACCCCCAUGGGAAAUUAUUGGAAAGAGCCCUGGGAAAACUCAUCCAAGGCCCCAACGCUCAGGAGAGUCUCGAAAUCAAGCAGGACAUGGGCAGCUUACCGGAGAUAAAGUCUGAUUUAGCCUUGUUUUGUGACGAGGCGUCUAUAAACGGACCUGCGAAAACCCUCCAAGGAAGAGAGACCAGUUUUGAUCUCUCUGGAAACUUCCAGCCAAGAGCCGAUCGUUUGGAGAAUCAGAACGCGCCAAUGGAAAGUGAACGGAUCUAUAAAUGCUCCUAUUGUGGGAAGUGCUUCGAGGACAGCUUAGACUUGGUGACCCACGAGAGAGCUCACAUAGGAGAGAAGAUUUACAGGUGCUCCCAGUGCGAGAAACGGUUCUCUCACCGAAUCGACCUCCUGACCCACAAGAGAAACCACCAAGGGGAGAAGCCACACCAGUGUGAACGGGACUGCGCCAAAUGCAACAGGCAGAGGACUUGCCCAAGGGCAUCCCACCGAACGCGACCCGGAGAGCAGGCCUGUCAGUGCUCAAUUUGCGGGGAAUGUUUCAGCUGGAAAUCCAACCUUAUCAGACACCGGAGAAUCCACACAGGGGAGAAACCCUAUCGGUGCGCUGAUUGUGGGAAAAGCUACACCCGUAAGACCGCGCUUGACAGACAUAAAAGGAUCCACGUGGGGGAGAAAACUUGUGAGAUCGGUGCUCCGAACAUGGGGCAAGCAUCCGUGUUGGUCCUCCUUGUUUGAAUCACGUGAGGUUGGCGAGAAAUGCAUCGCACUGUAGUAAACGUAUUAAACGUGUUAGGAAGUUCAGCUAAAUAAAUUGGGAUCAGUAAAUUCGUCGUUAAGUGGUGCGAUUGCUAAAUGAGGCUUCAAGUGACCACGUCCAAUUUUAUGACCUUUUUUUUUUUGCCAUGGUUGUUAAGAAAUUUGCAGAGCAACCCUUGAGUAGCAAGGGUGUGCACAUGAAAGUGAUUGAGAGUAGUUACGAAUAAAACACAGCCAACACACAGAUACACUGAGUUACGUUUACUUUUAGGAAAAUAGUAAGGCACAGUCCAAUAAACAGUCCAGGUCAUACAUGUAUAAAGCAGUAGAUAGUAAAACAAUAGUCCAGGGAUAGUCCAAUAACAAAGUCUUCUUACCAGUCGUUGUAGUCAUACACAUUAACAGUUGCAAACAGUAGCAAAGAGCAGUAACGAGCAGUAACGAUCAGCAAAUAGCAGCAAAUAGCAGCAGAGAGCAGUAGAGAGAAACAAACCAUGUUUCAAGCUCCCUUUUAAGGACAUUGGCUACAGAGCUAACCAAUCAGGACACAGUAUGAUGCAAUACAGCAAUACAUUAGUCUUAAAGCUAUAUUGAUGGUUUAUAUAUUGCCAACCCAACAAGUUAGGUGAAACCAUUUCCUAACAAUGGUCAUUCAGUGAAACACACAACUGUUAAGUAAAUCACAUGCUCGUUAAGCAGAUCUGGCUGUCCCUUGACAUGGUCAGUUGGAAGCCGGCUGGGAAGGUGGCAAAUCCCAAUCACGUGACUGCAGAACGAGACAACCUUUGUAAAUGCCAGUUGCCAAGCGCCUAAAUCCCAAUCGGGGUGGCAGUGGGGGCGGGUGCAACAGUUGUAACUCUGAGGAAGGAUCAUGGGUCACUUUUUUCAGUGCCGUUGUAACUUCAAACUGUCAUUAAACAAAUUGUUGUAAGUUGAGGACUA